GUCCCGGCCAUCCGUCCAUCCACACUUGUUGGAUAUGCCGUACUGGAUGUAGACCUCUCCUUCUGCCUUCCAACUCCCGCCUGCAUGCCCGCGCACGAUAUCCCUCCUCUGCUUGCAUACGAUGUGGAGAAGCUUAAGUUGUUUCAGAGGGAAGGCUUGUAGCACCUCUGUAUCCUUCAAGAGGGGUUCGUACCGAUGUUGGGUACCAGUCAUUGAUGCAGUGCUAGCUUGUUUGCGGUGGAUUUAGGUGAGAUUGGGUCUGUGGUCCUGCCAGCAAUAACGCAAGAGCGUCCAUCUCUGACGUCGCUGCUUUCUAUGGUCUUAGGGGCUGGUCGCUUUGUGAAUGCCACUGUAAAUGAUCAUCGUAGAAGGCUUGGAAUGCCAUAGGGUUUAUGCGAUGACGACUUGUUGCCACCGUAAAUGAUGGUCGUACAAGGUUUGUUAUGCUGUCGAGUUUAAGAGCUGGAGACUACCGUAGUUGAAUCUGGUAUGCUCGGUCGCAACCCUUCUUCCUCAUUCUUGGUUCUUGGCCAGCUUGCAUUUCGAUGGGCAAAGAGUCUGGGCAUGUGUAUGGAUGCCACAAUAAACUAUCCUUCUUGCUCAUUCUUGGUUCUUGGCCAGCUUGCAUUUCUGUGGGCAAAGGGUUUGGGCAUGCGUAUGGAUGGCACAAUAAACAAUGGAAGCAGAGGCGUUGUCAGUUUCCGGCUGCUGUUCUCACAGUGUCACUCUCCACUCAUCGUCUGCCACUGACGAACCAAUCUGUCACUCAGUAGCUAGUACCGUACCGUCUCACGGUCUUGACUUGCAGAGUUAUCUUCCGCUCAUCAUCCUUGUCCUCUGCUGCAUCACGGCAGCUCUGUUCUUUGGACAGUCUUGUCCUGUCCUUCACAUUCUACCCCUUGUCCUAUCCGUCUUGCAGGAAUGGACUCGGGCAGACAGUUUGUGGCACGCCGACAGCAAGUCUCAUUGACAACGGGACUGGCGAGCUGUGGGAGAGAGCGUCUCUUGUAAUGGCGAGCUGUGGCGAGCUGUGGGAUAGUGUCGCUGAGACAUAUUAUCAACGGUUUGAUUCGGAGGUCGGUGAACCUUGUUUCACAAAAUAAUGCUGUUCUGCCAUCCGGAUACAGAGAAAGUUGGAGAUCCGAGCACAUGGUCGAAGUUUUCGAAAUGAUUCACUUGGCGAACGCAAGCUACGAUGUCCGCAAAUAUACUUUGUUCUCUCUCACUCUUUCAGAGCCCAGUCACUUGCUUUUGUGAACAGUAGGGUAUGGAGAGGACUGCACAGAGCUGCUGUAACAGAGGGGGGCACAUUUUGUGCCCAGUCGGUUUCGUGAUGAUCCAGCAGUUGUUUCGCGUCUAGGAUCCAGAAUGAAAUCCCUCUAGUGGGAAAAGGGAGGCCCAUGUUCUCUAUUGGGCCAGGCCUCUGGGCUAUAAUUGCACCAUAGUAGCAGGAACCUAGUCUGUAUUCUGAGUAGGUCCCUUCUACUCUAGCACGGUUAUAGCCCACUGAGCCUGCCUCAUUUACACACCACCCUCUCUCUCUGAAGUAAGUAUGUGUUUUUGUCGCACGCCUGAGGCAUCACAACACUUUCUAGUCGCACAGCGUGCCGACUUCGAGUCGAUGUGCCCCUUUCUUUUUUCGCUGAAUGACCCCUAUCUAGCACUACUUCCUGCAAUCUGGGCUGGCACAGAAAUCACAGGGAAACAUGACAGAUGUUAUGACAGCAUUGUUCGAAAAUGACGGGGACUUCUAUUCCUUCUUAGCGUGUUUCUUUCAUUGCCUUUUCUUCCGUUUGAGUUCUCGGCGAACUGAUACCGUCAUCCUUCCUGCAAGAACUGUCAGCAAUCGGCCUAGCAGUGAUGCGUUGCCACUUCUCUGGCACAAGCCAGAAGCCAGAUUGACGUAGUUCGAACGGAUUCAGCAUCUUCAGGGAGUUGAGAGUUCGUACCCAAAGAAAUGUUUCGUUGUUGGCCAAAUAUAUUCAGCCUCCUGACGAGUCGGUGAAACUCCGGCGAAACAGUUUGUCACAGCCCCUCGUUUGUUGUCCUCUUCUCCCUCUCUGCCUACGGUUUACCGGGCAGUUCUAUUUGACGAUAUAUAUUGCAAACCACGCCAGGAAGUGGCAACAACAUCAGGAACGCGUUGCGUGCUCGGUUCAACGCACAAAGCAUAUGGAGGAACCGGGGAACCAUUCGAAUUCUUUCUUAAAGGUAUCAGGUUGCUAUCAACCUUAGAGGAGGUUGGAAGGUGUCCCUUGGUGAUUGGCACUGAUUGCUAUUGGUUGUGUGCUAUUCUGGUAGGUCUUCAGUGAGGUGAGCAGUCAAUGAGAGGUCGGCAACGGCUCUCCGUGCAGUUUCAGGAUAUAUAUAUUCACCUGCUGCUGCUGGGCCUCUGCUAACCCAUUUACAGCCAAGGCCCGAGGAGGAUUUGUCUCUCUUAUGUUUCUGUGUGUUGUUUUUUGCCGUAUACGCCUGAGAAAUGUGGUUCAGUCCAUUUGUUGUCUGCGAUGUGGCAAAAGGCAGGGACGGAUGACAGGAUGAUAUCGGUAUCUCUUCGUCAAGCAAGGUUGCAGCAGAGGAGAGCUUGUUCGAUUAGAGCAGAGGACCGGUGAACGUAUGUAUAUCCCCUCCAAAGAAAGAUGGAAUGCCUUCCCGCCCUGUGUGGUCGCUAGUGGAUUCGUCCCCUUGGAAAGCGGGGAGUGUUGCUAUGUUCAAUUUAUGAUGAACGUAGGACGCUGUUGUUCCACAACAGCUGAACACUAUUGAGCUGUCGAUAUGCUGACGUUGUCCUUCUUGCGGUCAUAUAUCACAAUUGAGUUUGUGUGACUGGAAGUUUGCCUCGUCUUGAACGGUGAGAAGUUGGUUGCAUGAGACAGCUAUGAGCUUGGUAUCAUUCAAGGUCCACGAUGUAUUGUCUAAUGAUGUCCACAAUUCCAAACAGAGCACCCGUAGGUGUACUUGUCGUAGGAUAACGGCAACUAUGAUGAACUGGUGGUAAAAAAAGUUUGCAGCCCACCAAAUUGAAUCAGCAUAGUUCACAUCUGACUGCUCAUGAAUUGAAUAUCUAAAUGGAACCUGACCUUUAAAGGAGACCAGGUGUAUUGUCAUUUGUAAU